AAGUGCAUAAAGUGAGGUGGUGCACUAAAGCACAUAGACCCUCCCUUUUUACGUUGAUCCGCCGGUCGUUAGUUUUGCAGCAGGUCGCACGUCUAGAACUUCCUGUGCUCGUGCAUCAAGGAGAAAGUGAGGUUUUGCUUCCACAAACAGAACAGUGACAAACAAUCUUCAAGAUGUCUUCUGGAAACGCUAAGAUCGGUCAGCCUGCUCCUCAGUUCAAGGCCACAGCUGUGGUAGACGGACAGUUUAAAGACGUUCAGCUCUCUGACUACAGAGGGAAAUAUGUCAUUUUGUUCUUCUAUCCACUUGAUUUCACCUUCGUCUGUCCUACCGAGAUCAUCGCGUUCAGCGAACGGGCUGCUGAGUUCCGUAAAAUCGGCUGCGAGGUCAUCGCUGCCUCCACCGACUCUCAUUUCAGCCAUCUGGCAUGGGUCAACACACCCAGGAAGCAGGGUGGCCUCGGCUCCAUGAACAUCCCGCUGGUGGCUGACCUGACUCAAUCCAUCUCCCGCGAUUACGGCGUCCUGAAAGAGGACGAGGGCAUCGCCUACAGAGGUCUGUUUGUGAUUGACGAUAAAGGCAUCUUGAGGCAGAUCACCAUCAACGACCUGCCGGUGGGCCGCUCAGUGGACGAGACGCUGAGACUGGUGCAGGCCUUCCAGCACACUGACAAAUAUGGAGAAGUUUGUCCUGCUGGAUGGAAACCAGGAAGUGACACUAUUGUUCCAGAUGUGCAGAAGAGCAAGGAGUUCUUCUCCAAGCAGUAACAGUCCUGCUGUACCUCCCGGAUCGUGCUCCCCAUUCAGUGGGACGCCAGAGCACUUAACCUUAGUCUGAGAGUUCUUGAAAAGUUGUCUAAGCCAACGUAACAAACUCUUUGCAGUUUAAAUGCACUUGUUAGACAGAUUUGUUUUCCUUUCCAUUGUCCCAUGCACUGACAUGUCUGUAGUUUGUUUUCCGCUCUAGUUAAGUCAUUAUUACAUAUUUAGUACAUUUGAUCCAUUUUGAAUUGUCUCAAGUUGUAUAACAUUCUGGUGAUCCUCAAUAUCUGUCAAAAUAAACAGACUGUUAUUGUGUGA